GUGCCCACCGCGCGCCGCGGCCGCGAGGCGGCGGGGCGCGCGGCCCCCGAGCACCAGGCCGUCGAGGACCUGAAGGCGAAGCUGCUCAUGCCGGCGCUGUCACGGUUGGGCGAGGGGUCGCUGAAGGACGUGGCCGCAUGCCUCACCGUCGUGGCCCCGCCCGUCCGCCCGCCCGACAUCCUCAGCGACGCGGAGCGCGCCGCGGUGUGCAAG